AGUGAAAGCGCAUCCACUUACGUUGUUAUCAAAAAAACGCACGCCAAAUUCAAUCUGCGAAUUUUGCUUUGCAUAUAACAAAGCAACACAAUUCGAUUCGCAAGUAGCGUUGCUGCAAAUUGAAUUGAAUCGAAUUCUUCACGAUGGGAAGAGGAAAAUUCAAGGCCAAGCCCACCGGUCGCCGCCAGUUUUCCACCCCGGAGGACAUGCUUGCUGGAACCUCUAACCGUCCUAAAUCGUUUAGACAGAAAGAAGCUGAGCACGAGGAGGAAGACCCUGAGCAAGUAUCUGAGGAUGAAUCUGAAGAAGAAUCUGAAGAGGAAACUAAAAAGAAUAAAGGUACCCAAGGGAUUAUUGAGAUUGAAAAUCCUAACUUGGUCAAGCCUAAGAACGUGAAAGCUAGAGAUGUUGAUAUUGAAAAAACAACUGAACUUUCAAGGCGUGAAAGAGAGGAGAUAGAAAAACAGAGAGCUCAUGAGCGCUAUAUGAGGCUGCAAGAGCAAGGAAAAACAGAACAAGCCAGAAAAGACUUAGACCGUUUAGCUCUUAUCCGCCAGCAAAGGGCAGAAGCUGCUAAAAAGCGAGAAGAGGAGAAAGCUGCCAAAGAGCAGAAGAAGUCUGAAGCACGCAAGUGAAUUUCGUGUGACCUAGCUUCAUUCUAGUUGAUAGGGAGGAAUAUAUGCUCUCACUACACUUCAACAUUGUGUCCAUUUAGCUUUAUAAUGGAUCUUAACAGGUGUUUACAUUCCAACUUGGUAAUAUGCUAGUAUGUAAUGCAAUUAUUCGCACCCCGUGUUAUGUUGCUUGAAAUUUUAAUUAUAUAAACUCUUUACUUCACAUUAA